AUGGCGAAUAAAGCUUCAUCCUCGUCUCUUCCUUCCAUCAAUGAAGAUGCCGCUUCCGUAGACGAAGUGCCCUUAUACGGGUCCGAAUCGGGUUGGGUGGAGGCCAGAACACACUGCGAUCACCUUGCUUCCUUGUCACAGGAUCUUACUCAUAUUCCAACCCCGGAUACUCAAUGCAAUAGGUGCCAACAUCCCGAUGAGAAUUGGCUAUGCUUAUGCUGCAAAGAUGUCCUUUGCAGCCGUUUUGUGAACAAGCACAUGCUUGAGCAUUAUCAACAGAGUGACCAUUGUCUGGCACUAAGCUAUAGUGAUUUAUCAGUGUGGUGUUUCUCAUGUGAUGCAUACCUUGACGCUCAAGUGAUAUUGUCCCUGCGCCCUGCUUAUGAAAUUGCAUACUUCCUGAAAUUUGGUGAAGCUCCACCACUUCGGAGUUGA